AUGGCCCGUGUACCAGUCAUCGGGCGACUUUUCUGGUUCGAAUACCUUGCGCUCUUUGGAUCGUUGCUUUUGGUGCUGCUGGAAUGGAUAAUCCAUAUCAUCACCUUUUGCCUUCCUGAGCCGAUAAUUGAUUUCUGCUACGAGCGGUCCAAGACCGUUUUUAACCUUGCCAUAGCCCCUGAAAAGCCAGAAAAGCAGGGGCCAGAGAAACGGACCGCACACGCGGUUGCUCACGCCUCGGAUUUCACAGAAAUCUGCGCUAUCUUUGGAUAUGAGGCGGAGGAGCAUAUAGUCCAUACCCAAGACGGGUAUCUGCUAGGCCUGCAUCGGUUGCCUUAUCGCAAAGGCGAGGAAGGGAAGCCUGUCAACCAGGGAGAAGGCAGCGUCAAGAAGAAGGUCGUCUAUCUCCACCAUGGCUUGAUGAUGUGCAGUGAGGUCUGGAUUUGUCUGACGGAAGAAGAGCGCUGUCUUCCAUUUCAGUUAGUGGAGCGAGGAUACGAUGUUUGGCUGGGAAAUAAUAGAGGCAACAAAUAUUCCAAAAAGUCCACCAGAUGCUCGCCACUCUCGAAUGAGUUUUGGGACUUUUCCAUCGACCAGUUUGCCUUUCAUGAUAUCCCAGACAGCAUCAACUACAUCCUCGAGUUGACGUGCCAGCCCUCCCUGUCAUAUAUUGGCUUCUCGCAGGGUACAGCCCAAGCUUUUGCCACUCUUUCUAUCCACCCACAGUUGAAUCGGAAGAUCGACGUCUUUGUGGCCCUUGCUCCUGCAAUGGCACCUGCGCGGAUUUCGAAUCCGGUUGUUGAUUCCCUCAUGAAAGCUUCACCGAACUUCAUUUUCCUCCUCUUCGGCCGACGCAGCAUUCUCAGCUCAACUACAAUGUGGCAAACCAUCCUCUACCCCCCAAUAUUCAUGCGGAUCAUUGACACGUCGCUUUACUUCCUCUUCAACUGGAAGUGUAAGAACAUCAGUCGGAGCCAAAAGCUCGCUGGUUAUCUCCAUUUGUUUUCCUUUACCAGCACCAAGUCUGUGGUACAUUGGUUCCAGAUCAUCCGAAACAGGAACUUUCAGUUCUAUGACGACGAGAUAUAUGCGCCAUUCAGCAUUGUAGCGAAUGAGCGAUUCUACAAGCCUGUCAAGUACCCGACGAGAAACAUCAAGACUCCCAUUGUCUUGCUGUAUGGGGGUAGUGACAGUCUUGUCGAUAUCGAUGUGAUGCAGAAAGAGCUUCCGCGUGGUACAACAGCCAAGAUCAUCCCAAAAUACGAGCACCUGGAUUUUCUGUGGGCCAGCGAUGUGCCGGAGCUGGUCUUUGGCCAUGUGUUCGAGGCUUUGGACCGAUAUAGCUCCACCAAGGGAUUUGCGGACGGAAAAGCAAACGGCGUGGCCAAAGGUACCGAGAGACGUGUAGCGGCCUGA